AUGGCCAGGCCAGGUCCAACCAUGGUUUUACCCCGGGCAGCGUCACCCCUCACCACAUCACCUACGAGUGCCACCCCCGCCACCAGCCAAGCCCCUCCCCCCGGAGACGACAAUGAACCUGCUUUCUAUGACAUAGAACAGGAGCCCAAAGUCUUCUACUACUAUGUGCACCUCACUGUCCGAGUUCCCGUCAGUAAGCCUUACCUCCUGAUGAGUGAUGUAUCUCCGGUGGAGGGAUCUACGAUGUGGAUGAGCUGCAAUCUGGAAAAUGGCACUGGACCCAUCCAGUAUGUGUGGCAGUAUGAGACCCGCAGCAGCAACAUCUCAGCCUUUGCACAGGGAAACACCAACAUUAUCAACGUGACCAACAUCAAUCGCAACCACACCGGCUGGUACCGCUGUGUUGCCAGCAACGCCGUCAACAGUGAGAGCUCUAACCGGUUAUGGCUGGACACCAUCUUUGGCCCGGACAUCCCUCAGAUAGACUGGUCAAAGUGA